AAGCAUUGAAACGCUUGCGUGCAGUCACGACCUUACACGCACAACAUCAAGGUGUAACACCUCAAAAAUUAUGAUAACGACACAAUUUCAACAAUUUCUUCGUUCACGCUCAUGAGGAACUGAAGGACAAGAUCAAGAUGGAAGAAUCUCCUUCAUGUAAGCAAGACAAAACUCCGGUCAAGAUGACUCCUCAGUACAAAGAAGUGUCACCCAAUCGAAACAUUCCCCAUGCAGUGGCAAUGAGGGAAUAUGGUUCAUCCCGCUGUUUGAAUCAAUUAGCUUCAGAAUUUCGAAUUGCUGCAGAGGAAAAGCUGAUAUUGAAGGCACAUAAAGAAACGAAAUGUGACCUUCCUGAUUUUACUCGUUCUACUUACUUGAUGGUUUUCAGUCCAGAUGGGAAGAAAAUGGCAUCCUCACAUGGCAAUCACAAUGUCUAUGUAACUGAUGUCAAAACUGGCAAAAACUUAAAUACCUUAUCUGGCCACCCUCGCACUCCAUGGUGUAUUGCAUUUCAUCCAUCCUCUAAUCAAAUUCUUGCCUCUGGAUGCUUAGGUGGUCAAGUUCGAGUCUGGGACUUGCAUGGGGGAAGUGAAUUAUGGACAGUGGAAGGACAGACAUCCAUUGCAUCACUUGCUUUUCACCCAUCAGACCAUCUUCUUGUUAUUGCUUCAUACAAUGAGAUCCUCUUUUGGGAUUGGAGUCAGCCAGAACCCUUUGCAAAGUGUAGUACCCUGAAUGAGAAGGAGAAGAUUCGAUACGUUGCUUUUGACUAUUCUGGAUCAAAGCUUGUGACAGGAAUAGAAAUUCCCAAACCAGUGGUAUCUCAAUGGGACCGAGUUGGACCUGGACCUGCUGCUAGCCGCUUAGGUGGUCACACCGGACCACGACCUAGUGGACAGCGGCCAGGAUUUGGGCCUGUGUUUAGUCGGCCAAGUCAAAGUUCAGGUUCGGGAGCAGUAUCUGGAUCUGGGCUGGGCUUGGGAUCUGGUUUAGGAAAUGGUUUGGGUACGGGUUUAGGUACUGGAUUGAGUGGUUUAGGUUCAGGUUUGGGAGGAACAUCAUCAAGACGAUCAAUGAGUCCACCUACUCUAUCGUCAUCGCAAUCUAGCUCUGCCGUGACAACACCAACAGUUCAUAGAGUUUCCUCCUCUCAGCUAGAGGGAAGAAUAAGACAGAAUGUACAGUUACUGCAGUUACUCCUUGAUGCUAGAAGAAAUGCCCAAAAUGAAACAAUCUCACCGAGAAGACCCAUGAAUGGAGAAAGCAAUACAUUGGAUUCUAAUAAUAGUACAAGAUCAAUCAACUUAAAUGAAACUGGAAGUACAAGGAAUAUAGGCACAUCUAAUAGUGCUAGUAAUCAGCUAAGAAGUUUUAUGUCAGAAUCUUUCCAGGAACGCAGACAUGUAAAUCCACAUUCCACAUGGCGGAGUGAAAGUAUUUUGAGGGGUUUUGGUGGUGAAAGACUGAAUAGUUCAAACCCUGUAGGUAUUAGAAAUCUUGCAGCUAACGUGCCUUUGCCAUCUGCACCUUGUGAUAGUAAUAGGGACCCAAGCACAGCUUCAAGUUCCAAUGACAUAGCUGUUGAUGUUUCAUCCAAUACCAAUCAGUUAACUUUAAAUCAAUCAGAUUCAAGUGUAGGAAGUUCAUCACAGAGAAGAGUCACAAAUCGGCAAUCCAGAUUUAUGCACUUAGGUGGUUCCCCUAGUUUAGGUCCUUCCUCAACAGCUACGUCUAUGUCUCCAAAUUUUAGGAGCCAGAAUUUCACAGCAACGUCUAGCCAAGUUUCAUUUACAAAUGGAGAUUUGGAUGUCUCAAAUCAAAUCAAUAAUUUAAGUGAGGACAUUCGUCAGAUUUUUUAUAUCUUAUCUGAACACAUAGAUGAUAUGCAACACUGCUCAGUUUGCUUACCAAGAAUGAGCAGUUCACGUUUGAGCCAUAUUCGGCAGCUCUGGGCUGAGUUGAGAGAUCAAAUACGUUCACUUCAAUCAAGCAUUUGGGAAAAUACAACUCUUGCAUCUAAUGCUUGGCAGAGAUCAUCUUUUGAGGCUAUCACAGAGAUGCUCUCUCACUUGACUCAUGAAGAAGGAAACAGCAAUGCUAACAGGCCUGCAUCUCCUUCUUCUUUUCAAAGAGAAAAUCAAUCCACAUCCACUAGCCUCCAGUCAAAUAUUUCUUUAUCUUCUUCUCCAACCAACUCGCUCUCUACAGAAUUGUCUCACCUCAGUUCUCGCAACUCCGGUUUUAGUGCCAGAAGAUCUGUACAGAGCCCAUUUGACGGGCUUAUAAACUCAUCCGCAUCGAGAUGUACUCCAAGAUCAAUUCUGAGAGGGAAUGUUCAUCGCAGGCCUCAUCAUGCUGGUAGAAUGUUAUACUUGAGAUGUCAGAAUGCUGCUAGACGGCAUGGCACUACUGCAGGAAUCUUGCGAUCUCAAAGACCUUCAGGACGUUCAUCACAGUCUACUGAAACAGAGGAAUCAAUCUCCCAGUCCUCUUCGUCAAACAGUGAGGAUCAAUCAUUAGUGCCUGGCAGGCAUUUGCCUAGUCAAAGUUCAGAGUCAUCUCAACCUUAUCAGACCUCCUCUGCAUCAGAAUUUGAUCAAACUUCAGAAGCAGAAACAAGAUCAGAUAGGGCAAAUGUUCAUUCUCCUCCAAGAGACUCCACCGCAAGUGGUACAAAUGGCUUACAAAUAAAUGGGAGGUCUGGCUUCCAACAGAGUCCUCUAUUAAAAUAUAGGUAUUUUUGGGGAAGGCGAAGAAAUGUUGCUUCAAGACCUUUCCGUAGCAGUACUAGUGUACGUUCUCCACCUCAACGUGUUACUCCCCCAAGAUUCUUUGGAGGAAGGCGCAGUGAUUUUGAGAUAACUCUUGAUACAACUAGCCCACCUCAAUCACAACAACAACCAUCAAGAAAUACUAGAGCAAAUAGUCAGUCAUCUAUCCGCACAUCAGACAAUAUGUUAAUGAGAAUCUUUCGUAGCCUGAGGAGGGCGGCCUCACUAUCAGGCCAUUUAAAUCAAUCACAACCAUCUCUGAAUAAUGAUCAGAGUCAGAAUGUAACUGCCCUGCCAGUGCCACUAGAACCAUCAGUCCCACUGGCUACUCCGCCGGACACUUCCUCAAAUCAGCAAACUUCCACAAGUCCUGAGCAUUCUGGUGAUGGUCAAUCCUCAGGUUUACGUCUUUGGACUCAAUACAGUGGACCUGAUGGUGAUGUGCUACAUAUUCGUCUUCCCCAAAUGGAAAGAAUGGACUCAGCAGUUCGGGAAAGACUUUUGAGAAUCCGUUCUAGUGGAACAAUGAAUGUGGUUCAAAAUGGUGUCAUGACAGAAGAGCUUGCCAGGAAUUUAUUACGUUUGCACGUUCAUCAGCAAUACCAAGAAUUACAACUUCGACAGCAUCAGGCCAGAUUACGUGUGCGUUUCCACAAUCUAAAUUCACUGCGCCUCACAGGGCAUACCCAGAGAGAUUUCUCCCGCCGUGUGGCUCGGUGCUCCCUGUGCGGAGGGUCGGUCUACAUUCGGCACCCUCCCUUCUUUCUCAGGGUGAGGGCUACCACGCCCGCGGCCACGCCCGCGACCACGUCCUCCACGCCCACCUCCACCUCAGAUACAACACCAGUCUCAGCAAGCAGUGCCAACCAGCAGUCUCAGCCUCAAGUCGCACAGUCACCACCAGUUUGGCGGAGAUGGGUGUCUCCGACUUCCUCCGGUCCCACCUCGCAGACAUCACCCUCCCGCUCGCCUACCCGAUCUCCCUCCCAGUCGCCCACGCCUUCCUCCUCACCCUCCUCCACACCCCUGCUCUCCUCCCGCUCUCCCCCUCUGUUCCGUCUUGAGACUCAGACAGAGCGAUGGUCUCUCCUAGACCCCCCCGUCACACCCCCGACACCACCACCUCCUCCACCUCAACUAUCCCAGCACACCCCUCAGCCGGCCCAUCCUCCCCUGCAGCCACCCUUGAUGCAGUCCGUGCAGGCCCCAAGGAUGUCGAGCGUUCUGUCCCCGCCUCAGCUGCUGCUCGGCCUGGGGACUUCUCCGCUGGGGCCGCUGCCCUCGCCGCCAUCCUCAGCUUCCCCCUCCCCUCCCUCACCCACCCUGUCAUCCCUUUCACCCCUAUCACCAUCAUCUCCUCCCCUUCAUCCACCUCCUCCACCGCCUCUCCCACCUAUGGUGUCAGCUCCAUUAUUGUCGCAGGUUUCUACACAGACUAACCCCAGACCCUUUGGAGGUGAUACUUCAAGUAAUCCUCCUGGUAUAUCUGGCCACAGAAUUGAGUACUCAAGUUCCAGUUCUUUGUUUUGGCAAGUGCCAGCUAGUCACCUGAGACUUCACAGUCAGCAAGCGGGUGGACCACAAGCUCGCUCGAGGAGCUCCGAAGACCAACCUACUUUUGAAAGUACAGCUGUCCGUGCAUCUCCUGCAACUGACUUGCAUAUUGAUCCAGCUAAUUUACCUUCCACCAGUACUGGUAUCUGCUUUUCAUCUAUGAUGAGAACUCCUGUCUUGAGUAAUUCCUCUUCCAGUGACUCAGAAACUGAAGAUCUAGAACCAAUCAUCAGAACAAAUACCACUUUAAGUAGCCCUGUUGGAAAAGUUACUGAGCAAAAAGAGGAGAAAAGGUCGGACAGAGGUAAUUGCGAAGCCGGGCCUAGUCGUGCUCACUCAAAGGAAUCCCACAAACCUAAUGGUAGAAGUGAUGCAUUAAAAAGGAAACGGGAAGAUGACAGAAGAACUCCACCUAAACACAAGUUCAUUGAUACUCAGGCCUCCAGUGAUUCAGAUAACACCGAUACUGAAUCACCAAGGAGUAAAACUUGUGUGAGGGAAAACCAUCAAAAGUGCCAAGUAAAUAAUUUUCAGCAGGAGAAUGAAACUACCAACAUCAAACUAAACUCUCAGACAGGUGCAGCCAGUGAGAAUGAGGCUGAUUUGGUUACACCAAGUCGGGAAGCUGAAUCAGUUACACCAAGCCAGGAAGCUGAAUUAGGUGCACCAAGUCAGGAAGCUGAAAAUGCACCUAGGCAGGAGGCUUCUCAACAGCUACCAGAACCAACAUUUACUCGUCAGUUGGAAGCAAUCACAGGAAGGCUUGACCACUUAAUGUUUUUGCAAAGAAAUGCAUUAGAUCCUUCUCAAAGAAAUAGGGAUGGUGAAAGUCACGAUAACUCACCCCUCAGGAAUACAGGGGAGCCCUCCCAUACAGCUCAAGAAAGCAGUAGAUCCUCUGAUGCUAUAAAUGUUACCAGUCGCCUUCUCACUCGGUUGACACACACAUUGUCUCGCCAAAUUCAAAUGGUUCAGCAGAUUCGAGGGCAGCAAAACAGUUGUAAUGAUCAUCAAGAGUCUCCUAUCAGACCCGGAGCCACAAAUAUAAGUGCCCAAACAGCCAUGAUCAACAAUACUAGACGAAGGGGUCGGGUUCUCCUGCGCUUGAUGGCUGACAGCCUAUCAACAUUCUCCUCUCAUAAUGGACUUCCAGUCGAUUUCCAAGGCAAUCCAGCAUUUGAACAUGUGCAGAAUAUGUCUUCAGCCUUUUGGUUGCUUCAGGGACUAUAUAUUUUGCUCGACUUAGCACUGGAACUAACAGAUCUUUUACUUACUCAUUUUGUUUCCUCUUACGAGUCAAAUGAUCCUGAAGAAGCCUCUGUAGAAGCAUCAAUCCCACGCCCUUGUGUUUGUUGGACAUCUAAUUCAUCAGCAAAUCAAGCACAAUCAUCUCAACAGAGCAGGAUACCUGUGGGUUCUCCUCACUUGUGGAAUCCACCAUCAACCCAAUCUGGGAACAACUCCACCACUACUAACUCUGGAAGACUAAACCCAUUAAUGAUUUAUGAAACAGUUAAUUCACAGAACCGCCCUUCGCAACCUUCAUCUUUAAAUGAGGCAACUGGGUCACCUAGUGGUGGUUCAUUGUCACCCAUUUCUUCCUCCCCUGCUCCACCUCCAUCUUCCUCUUCAUCUUCAGUUCUCCUUUCCCCAUCUAAUCUGUCUCCUGUUCCUCUUGUCCCUUCCUCUCUGUCUCCUGUUCCUACUUCUCCUGCACUUUCGUCAGUCUCUUCUGUUCCCCCUUCUUUUGAACUUCCCUCUGUGUCUAUUGUUCCACCUUCCCCAGCCGCCAUUUCCUCUGUUUCUCCUCUUUCUCUUGUUCCCCCCUCUCCUUCUCCUGUUCUCCUUUCCCCAUCACCUCCCAAUUCUUCCUCUCCGUCUCUCACACCUGCUUCUUCUUCUGCUGCUUCUACUCCCCUCACCUCUUCCAGUCAGUCUUCCGCCAUUUUUACAUCUCAGAAUAUAAGACCUUGGCUGGUAAAUUUGCACAAUGUAGUAGCGUCUGUCCGGGCACCUGGUAGUGGUAGACCUCCUACACCUAUGGAGGCACAUCUCAGAAUGAGGAGACGUUUGCAAGAAGAGGCUGCAUCAAUAGUAUCCCGGCUUCCUUUGAUGCCAAUUCCUCCAUACACUCCUCUGUUCAAUGAUUCACCUGCUGAAACAGUGUCUGGAAGAAUCUCUCACACGUCCCGGCAAUCUAUAGAAUAUCUUCACCAACAAAUUCAAAUCCAGCAGCAGGAACGAAUACAGCAAGCGCAGCAACGGCAGCAGCGGCAGCAACGGCUGCAGCAGGCUCAGCAGCAGGCUCAGCAGCAGGCCGUGCAGCAGGCAGCUCGGCAGCUAGCUCGGCAGAUGCACCAGCUAACAGAGCAACAACAGCAACCACCUUUCUACUAUGAAGCCCUUGAUUCUGUUUCUACUGGGGUUUCAAGACCCGGUUAUAUGCGUUUACGAACUCGACUGUUACCACCUCCGUUUUUACGCCAGAAUCAAGAAAGGCCGCCCAUUUCAUCAGACGCAGAUAUGGCUGCUCAGCAAUCUCUGUUUUUUCAUUAUGAUUAUACUCGAAAUAUUGGGCAUUUUGUUCGAGAGCCAAACUUCACUGGAGAAGAACACAGGAUUCAUCGCAUCCAGUUAUGGGACUUCUCUCGUGGUAUUAUUCCUGAUAUAACCAAGGGUGAUGAAAACCUUGUUGUUUCUGAAUGUAAAAUCCAUAAUGACGCCAGUGUGGAUAUAUCUUCAGAUGGACACUUAUUGGUUGCACUUUUACCAACCGCUCGACCUUCUGGUCAUCCUCAGAUUCUACCUACAACACCUGCACAAACCAUUGGUGUGUACAGCCUUGUAUGGGAAUCUCUUGGGCAACUUUUGUACACAACCAGUAUUGACCAACCAGCUGUGUCUGUUGCUUUAUCCCCAUCAUCUGCUUACCUUUUGGUGGGUCUUGCUACUCGAAGAGCGAUGCUAAUGCCCAAUGACCAGCAUGCUCUUGCACAAAUUUUCAGAUUGGAGGGUGCUAAGCCAGGCAGGCCUAUUGGGGCUCGUGGACGCUUAAAUUUGUACCGCUAUAUUGAACCAUUGAGUAGUGCACCAGUAGGCAUCAAUUGUAUUCGUUGGGCGCCAGUUUCAGGACAAGGUAUUGUGUAUGGCACAAAUAAUGGAACCCUUGUAAUGCUACGUUGAACAUCUUUAAGUCUAGUCCUUACAAUUGUGAAUGUCUUAAGUUUAAUCUACAGUGAUAACAACGUGCCUCCCUUUCUUUACAUCGGUUUGUGAAUCACAAAAUUAAUUUUCUUUCACAUUUUGAAGUGUCUGAACUCCGACACCAUUAAAUGUCAAAAAUAAGAUUCUUUAAUUCUCAUUACUGGUCAUAGACAAACGUCUUGUUCUGUAGUGUUCAUAAUUCUUAUUGUUUAGUUUAUAACAUGCAUGUUUGGUUACUCUGCUGUCUUAUGAUUUUGGACCAUGAGGAUACUUCUGUUUUAUUGAUGUACAAGACUAAAGUCAAAUUUAUUAAUAACCUAUUGUGUUCUGAUUUUAGGUUUGUAGCAUAUUGCCAUUUUCUUAGUCAUCAUGUUUAUUAUAGUUGCAUUUUGUCACAUACUGUCUCAGAUAUGCCAUUUCAUUUGUUUAACUUGAUUGUAGAAUUACACUUUUCUUCUUUUGAGUGGAGUAAAUAUUGAAAUUGACGACCUUCUGAUUACAGGUUUAUAAAAUAUAACAAUAAUAUGUUGCUUA